AUGCAACAAGACGCCCUGAACAGCGAUCCAGGCGACGAUGCACGCUCUGACACCCCUACAAAGACAGCCCAUCCUCUAUCGAUGCAGAAACUUACAUCCCAAAGCGAGUCCAAAAUCGACCAUCUUUCAGUAAAGCUCGACAAGGUUCUUGCAUCCAUCGAGAAUCUUGAAUCUUCCUUUGGCCAAAUAGAUACUAGUGCCCCCAGCACGCGAACGAACCUUGCAGAAAAUACGCCCCUGUCAUUGGCAGGCUCAGCUCUGCUUCACAAGACACCCGUUGAGGAUCAUUCCGGCUCGGAGCUGCAGAGAGACGCUGUCUUGGCCACGCAAGCUGCGUUUGCCACCAAGUUUGCGCAGAAGGCUGUUGAUAGUAGCCAUCUGCUACAGGUCUCGCCAGAUGUCAGGCCCUGCUUAGACGCGUUGAGGGAUGAGCUCAAAGAAAGAGGGCCUGGUCAUGGGGAUCCGAAGCCGCCUGAGACCCGCGGAAUCUCGGCCGGUGCGAGUCAGCACCACUUCACGCUGCCUCCCAUUCAACUUGCUAUGGCUGCGAUCCAUAAGCUCAAAGGCAGGUUCUGCUGGUGCAUGGAGAUAGAUGUCGGCCAGUUUGUCGAUUACUUCUUCACUGUGUACUCUGGGACUCCGUCGCUGGCUGACCUCAUCAUUGUCCAUUGCGGUCUGCACAACCUCCUUGUACCAUAUGGAAAUCAGCAAAAGGACAAGACGUCGCAAGACAAUAUCAAGUCUCAAGCCGCACUAUGCCAACAGAAUCUGGAAUCAAUUCUAGCCAAUCUGCCGUUUAGUAUCCCUUCGACAUAUGACUUUGCCCUUGCUCUUCUCAUGGCUACCACCUAUUUCGUCCAGCGAUGCAGCAUGUCUCAAGCUUGGAGCUACCUCGCAGCUGCUGCACAGAUCUGUCUCACUUUGGGGUAUCAUCGUGAGGUACCUAGUAAACCAGAGAAGAAACAAGAGCGGCAGCGAAGAGUUCGGCUCUUUUGGCUGGUUUACAUAAUGGACAAACUUCUUGCCUUGCGUCUGAACCGACCAUCACUCCUCCGAGAUAGAGACAUCACCGUAUCAUACGAAAGCUACGGUGAGACGGCUGUAGAUUCCUCACUACCCAUUGCUCCUAAGUGGAUCAAGAUGGGUAUGCUGUACGGCAGGAUAUACGACGAGAUAUUCAGCCCUGGCGCGCUGUUACAACCGUCGACGCCACGAGAGACUAGAGCUCGGGAACUAGCUGUUGAACUUGAUUGUCUAUUUGACAGCAAGGAUCCAGUUGAAGUAGGCCAAUACAACAUCUUGAUAUACGACACAUUCUAA